AUGUCACCGCCGGCACUGCAGACGCCGCUUUCGAAGCUGCUGGGCAUCCAGUAUCCGAUUAUCCUCGCCGGCAUGGCGCGCACCUCUGGUGGCCCCCUCGCAGCUGCCGUGUCGAACGCUGGUGGCCUAGGUGUAAUUGGCGGUCUCGGAUACACACCGGAACAGCUCCAAUCGAUCAUCGAUGACCUCAAGUCAAACCUCCGAGACAAGAACUUGCCCUUCGGUGUCGAUCUCGCACUCCCACAAGUCGGCGGCAGCGCACGCAAGACGAACCAUGACUACACCCAUGGACAGCUCGAUGACCUCAUCGAAGUCACAAUCAAGAAUGGCGCAAAGCUGUUUGUGAGCGCUGUUGGUGUACCGCCCGAGCGGACGAUCAAGAGGCUUCACGAAGCAGGCAUUUUGAUCAUGAACAUGGUCGGACACCCCAAACAUGCGAAAAAGGCACUAGAUGCAGGUGUGGAUAUCGUAUGCGCCCAGGGUGGAGAAGGCGGAGGACAUACCGGCGAUAUCGCGAACAGCAUCCUGAUACCCUCCGUCGUGGACGUCGCGCGCAAAUACAAGAGCCCUCUGACCGGUCAGCCAGCCAUCGUAGUGGCGGCGGGAGGCAUCUACAACGGCCGCAGUCUGGCAAGCAGCUUGAUGCAAGGCGCACAGGGCGUAUGGGUCGGCACACGAUUCGUCGCAUCAACUGAGGCUGGCUGCUCGCAAAUGCACAAGGAGAACGUGGUCACAGCCGACUUCACAGAUACAGGCCGGACACUGGUUGUCAGUGGCCGACCGUUGCGCGUCAGGUACAACGACUACAUCAAAGAGUGGCACGAGCGCGAGGACGAGAUCAAGAAGCUCACGGAGGCGGGAGUUGUGCCGCUGGCGAAGGACAUGGACGAUGGGAAGGAUGUGGAUAUCCCGUUCCUGAUGGGCCAGGUUGCGGGGGUUAUCGGCGAUAUCAAGCCCGCAAAGGAGAUUGUCGACGAGAUGGUGCAAGAGGCGAUCGACAUGCUGAAGCUCGGCCAGACGUACAUUGGAGGGCCGAGCAGUAAACUGUAG